CCGUCGCGGAGGGUUACGGUUGGGACGGAUGAGGAUGAAGGUUCGGAGAUUUCGGACAGAUUGAGAGCCAUUCGGAGAGGCAGGAGGAAACGCUCGGCGGAGUCGACGGAGGACCAGCUGGUGUCUCUGCGGCAACGGGGCAGAAGUAGGAGAAGGUGGAGGGUGGAAGUUCUAAGAAGGCUCUGUGAGACUGUUUGGAUUCUUACAGUUGCCGCCGCUGCGCUUUUACCACAGGAAGUCCGCUCUGUCGUCCGAGACUGGAGGAGAGGUAUACUCUUUCAAGAACAAGAUGCCUUGAUUUUAGUGCUGAUCUUAACGUGUUAGAGCUAUGGGCAUAUUUAAUCCUUUCCGCAACCUUAUACGCUAUACUUCCCCUACGGAUAUACCUUCGCAGGCUGCAUUGGUCAGUUUUAAGAGCAAUCGCCUUUUUCCCGUUUUCCCGCGACCUUGAUCCCGCUCCGUUAAUAUACCCCAUAUAUCUGCCCGUGCUGGUGGCGUUAUCGCUGGGAAAGACCGCACAUACCCUACUCCUACCGAAUAUAAUACUCUGCAUAUCUUCUCUACCACCAUAUGUUGUCCCUCUUCAUUAUAUGGCCCAUGGAUACAGCCUCACUCACUGGGCCAUCACGAUCGUCCCGUCGAUUGUGGCUGAAUUCUCAUUUAAGGGAGAAAAUCCACCCAAGGUCCUGACUUUGCUCAACAUAAACCCGGAAAUACUGGUUCUGCUUUUUCCGCUUCAUCAGGCUGUGGCUUCCGUUUUACAGUCCCUUGUCACGACUAGCCUAUUGCCAGCUGAAAUUCCUCUUCUGGCUACUGGGUUGAUAAAUAUCCUCCUAUUCGCCGAAUCGCCCCAGGCUGAGAUUUUCAAGGCACUUCUGUGGCUUGGCGGGCUGAGUGUAUAUAUAUCAUGCAAGGAUGUCCUCUGCUGGGAGAUUGUAUUGGCGAGGAUCCCUUCAUGGAAGUUUCGAAGACCGUCACUCAGCCAAAGCCAAUCGGAGGGGCGUUGGAAUUCGAUUGACCGUCAGGUCUGUGACAAAGUAUAUGAUUCUUUGAAAGACGGAUACCAGUCUCAGUCUGACGAUGCUGACGGAUGGUUUGUUUCUGCGAAUGCUCGACUUGGGCAUGAAGUACGAUGGACACCGCCUAGGUCGAAACGCCAACAAUCGUUUUCUGUCGUGGACACGAUGGACGUCCAUGAGCCUUCUUUCGACGCGACUAGCGGUCUGUGCAGCCACCGACGACGACGACGACAUACGUUCUCUACGGUGGGCGAUGCCAGAACUACACCCAGCGGUCGCCGGAAGCGAUCCUUGCCUCCUACCCUUCGGCCGUUCUUGUCAUUGACCUUGGUCCAAGCCAGAGUUCGAAAAUGGGCAUACGCCAUGUUCGUGUAUCUCAUUAUCCUACUUAUAAUCCUGGUCCCGGUCCGAUCGUAUAUUAGUCAAAACGCCCUCCAGGGCCAGGAGCCCUUUGGAUGGGCUGUUGGUUACCUGUUUGGAAAUAUCCCUUCGCUCAGAUUUUGGCUUGUGAUGUCCGGUUUCGACGGUUGGGCAAGUUUACCCCCUUGGUCCGACAAGGUCGCUGAAUUCUGCCGAUUGGGAUGGAUUGAGCAUCUCCGACGCGAUACCUUUGGUGAAGCCAACACCCGGCUCGUCAUCUGCGCUUACUGCAUGCUCGUUCUCGUCGUGGGCAUGGCGCUGGUAAUCCGACUGAGCACCAUCGUCGAGGUAGACACCCGGCGCAAGAUCUUCCACGGCAUGAUGGUGGCCAUGUUUCUCCCUACGACCUUCGUGGAUCCGGCCUUCACUGCACUGGCCAUGACGCUGAUCCUUGCGAUCUUCUUGCUUCUGGAGCUCUUCAGAGCAUCGCAGGUCCCGCCUAUUUCUAAGCCGAUUACGUACUUUCUUGCCCCGUACAUCGACGGGAGGGACUACCGCGGUCCUGUGAUCAUCUCGCACAUUUUUCUUCUGAUUGGCUGCGGUAUACCGCUCUGGCUCACCCUUGCCGGGGCACGACACGGGGGAGACUGGCCGUGGAUUGGUUGGGAGAUCGAAGGGCGAGAUAUCAGCAUGGUCAGCGGCGUGAUAUGUGUGGGGAUGGGCGACGCAGCAGCAUCGUUGGUUGGCCGGAGGUAUGGACAGAAAAAGUGGUUUUGGGGAGGAGACAAAAGCCUGGAAGGCAGCUUUGCGUUCGCCGUAGCUGUCUUUGUCGGUAUCGUUGCGGCGAGGGUUUGGCUGGUCGUCGGGGGCUGGUUGCCCGAGAUAUCGGCGCUGGAUACGCUGGUUAAGGCGAUGCUGGCGGCGGCCGGGUCAAGUUUUACGGAGGCUGUGCUGACGGGUGGGAAUGAUAAUGUUGUUGUCCCGCUGGUGCUGUGGCUGCUUGUACGGGGGAUGAGAAUAUGAUGAUUAUGGUAGGAUGAAGUCUUCCUGGUCAGUACAUUUUUUAAAAGAUGAUAGACUUGUUGUGUUUUAUCGGAGACGUGGAGCCUGUGUUGGUUACCUACAUUCGAUGGCUAUGGAUUACAGAUCAGCCUCUUUUAUCCUCCAAAAAAAAACCGUUGAGUGACGAAAGGCAGCCAUGGCGGCUCCGGAACCAGUGCCCAGUUUACCAGAAUAGAGUAACUUCACUUUGAUGCCGAAAUCAAUGAUGCCUGACAGGAAGCCGUUGGGCCGU